GGAGAGAGAAAGAGAAGAGUUUGGAGCCUCUUUCCGGAACAGCCCCCAGUAGGGUAAGGCGAGCGCGCAAAGCUGCGCCACGCUCGGCUUUUUCGACGCCUGCCCAUACUCAGGACUGCGUGGAAACAAACGCGCGCGUGGAAGCUGCAAACUCGCCGCUUGUUCGGCGGGCAAACCCGCUCUGCUCCGGAGAGGGAAAACAAUCUCUGAACUUAUCUUCGCCUAAACCAGCUGCGGUUUGUUUACAAGGAAAACCUCUUGGGGGAAAAUGAACCCUCCUCCUUGGCAUCCUAUUCUCCCACAGGACUAGAAACUUAGGGAUGGCCGCGAUGGAGGAAAACGCAAGCAGGGAAUCCGCUCAUUUUCGUCGCUGUUUCCGAUCCCACCCGCCCUUCAUUAACCUGUCAAUAAUAAUAAUACGCCACUGUUUUCUACCGAUGUCCGACUAAUAGCUGAUCCACGCAGCGGCAGCAGGAAGGAACUCUCGGGGAGUGGGCUGCCUGUCUCCCAGUUUCCUUCCACGUGUUGCAUUAGGGCAAUCGGAAGCCACCUUUGGCGCGCCCAGCCAACCGCCCUUUUGCGGGCGUGUUUUGCAACAAGCUCUUUGCCCCGCCAGCGAAGUAUUUCGGAUUCUUCGGAAGCUCAGAUUGCAAAAAAAGAAGAAAAAGGGAAGAGUUUUUAACGCGCGCGCACAGCACGUACUAAGGCGCUCCUCCGUGGCGUUGGUUGGGCCGUCGUCGGAUCCCCGCCUCUGCCUCAAGUAGUGUCCCCAAAGCGAAAAGGGGCCGGUUGGCUCGAGGGCAAGUCUCCGGGCGCGAUCCCGCGCUGGUGGACACGCAGGGAGGCAAGUGGAAGCGAGGAGGAGCCGGAGGAGGAGGGCGGAGACCUCCCCCUUUCCCGGGCCAAGAGCGCAGAGGAGGCGCCGGGCCGCUUUACGCGCAGCUCCGAGGGGAGCGCGCCUGGCCGAAAGCGACGCCGCCUAGCCCUGCGAUGGCGGGUUCCCGUCCUCUCCACUGAAUCGGCGCGCCUGGGAGGACGGAGGCGGUCCGCUCCCGUCCAGUCCCCGGCCGGCGGAGGGGUUAUGCGCCUCGGGCAGCGGCGGGAUGGCCUCGGCCGUGUUUGAGGGCACCUCUCUGGUGAACAUGUUCGUGCGCGGCUGCUGGGUCAACGGCAUCCGGAGGCUCAUCAUCAACCGGCGAGGCGACGAGGAGGAGUUCUUCGAGAUCCGCACCGAAUGGUCGGACAGGAACGUGCUCUACUUGCACCGCAGCUACUCUGAUCUGGGCCGCCUCUUCAAGCGCCUGCUCGACUCCUUCCCCGAGGAUCGCCCCGAGCUGUCACAGUCCCCCUUGCUCCAAGGUUGGCACGGGUUUCCCCGCUCUCCCUCUCCCCCCCUUCUAUCUCUCGCCCUCGUUUCGCUUUACGCUCCUUGCCGCGUCUCCGUUAACUCGGAAGGGAGUUGAGCGAAAAUCAGAGCGGAGCUUCCUUCCUCGGAAUUGGGGAGACUUGGGGAGGGUCCUCUUCCUUUCGUUCCCCUUUCAAUCCUUUGCUGGUGGGUUUCACUACGAGCAUGUACAGAGUGCCUUUCUAGCUGCAGGGCAGGAUUACAGCCAGGACUACGCCCUAGGUCCCGAGUUCGAUUUUCCAGCAGGAACAUAGGAAGGGGAAUAAGGAAGAGUGGGAUGGGUGGGAAUCCAAUAGCCAGACUUAAUCGGAGGCGAGGGUCCUCAGGGCUUGGCUGCAAGGACUGCUUCGACUCCAAUACUUAAGUCCUGGGAUGUAUGGAAUGCUUUGUACAGAGUGCCUCUGAGCAUGUGCAAAAGUAACUGCUGAUCAUGAAAUAAAAAAAUUCCUUCCAGUAGCACCUUAGAGACCAACUAAGUUAGUUAUUGGUAUCUCGUGUGCAUGCACACUUCGUAACUGCUGAUAAUGACGGUGUGAACCCAGAUUGCGUACUGUCUUUGGCCCUUUAAUCCUGUGGACUCUCAUCAUGCGUAUAACACUAGGGGUGCGAUUGCUGGAAUUAACUCCUAAAACUGCUGUAGCUCUGAUCGCUGCUGUAUGAGGAACUGCAUUUAUCUGGACCUGUCUGCUCUGCUGGCACUUUGGCAUGCUUUUAGAUGACACUCGUGCCGAAUAAGAGGCAGACGAGGACACUGAUUGGUAAUUUUGUGCAGGAGUUUAGUGAGCAAACCCUCCCCCCACCAUGUCAAUCACCCACCUUGAUUGCUGAUAGCCUUUUCGACUCUCAGUGCUGAUCUCUGGCCCUGUGUACGCUUGUGAGUGUUGGGUUGUGCUGAUUCAGCAAAUGGCAUCAAAUGUGUGCAAACAGUCUUUGGACAUGCUGAUGAGUGAGUCAGGUACUAGCCUGAGAUGAAGGUAUCUUGCCCAGUAAUCUGUGGCAUAGGCAGGAGGCUAAUUUGUAGAGCAUCCUAUAUCUUGGGAAGUGUAGGAGGGCUGAUUGGUCCACUCUAGUCUAGUCUUUCAGAUUUCUAAACCUUCCGGUCUUAAAAGACUCCAGGCAGGUGAUUGGCUUGGCACCAAUAUUAAAAAGUAUAGGUAGCAUAGCAACCUAAGAAAUGCCCCAUUUCCACUCAGCAUAUCUUAGUUAUCUCAGGUGGCCUAGUCUCAGAGUGGGGUGUGAAUGAUGUGGUACAGUGCCUGGAAAAAUCUCUCUCCGUUUUUGAUAGGCAGGUGGCUUGUGCCUAGGGAUGGCAGUUCAUCAGUACAGACGUUAGUAUUGUAGAUUGAUCUCCAGAACUAUGGAGCAUUGGCCCUUCACGUUCUGCGCUGAAUGACUCUUCCAAAUAAUCAGGAAGGAACAGCCCCACAGGAAGUUGUGAGGCAGUUUUGACAAGUGACAAUUAUACAGAGUUAUGCAUUUCCUGACUGCAAUUCAGAAGUAAUAACUAUGUUGGCAAGUUUUACAUUUGGUUUUGAAAUGGCUCUCUCCUGCGUUCUGUUCUACUUCCUUGCAAAUGUGUGGUAAAUAAUGGACAACAAACCCACCCACCCACCCCUGAUUUUGGAUUGGAUCCGAUGCUAUUCCUACCCAGAGUUGAUCCACUGAAUUUAAUGAACAUUAAACUUAGGUCCAUGAAUCUCAGUAGGUCUACUCUGAGUAAAACUAUCAUACAGCUCAGUUAGUAGCGCAUGAGACUCUUAAUCUCAGGACUGUGGAUUUGAGCCCCACUUUGGGUAAAAGAUUCCUUCAUUGCAGGGGGUUGGACGAGAUGAUCCUUGUGGUCACUUCCAACUCUAUAAUUCUAUGAUCUAUGAACUAAGAACCCUUCUUUUUAAUUGUACAUUCAUAAUUUCUGCUCAGGGACGUGGGUGGCGCUGUGAGUUAAACCACAGAGCCUAGGGCUUCCCGAUCAGAAGGUCGGUGGUUCGAAUCCCCAUGACGGGGUGAGCUCCCAUUGCUCGGUCCCUGCUCCUGCCAACCUAGCAGUUCGAAAGCAAGCCAAAGUGAAAGUAGUUAAAUAGGUACCGCUCAGGCGGGAAGGUAAAUGGCGUUUCCGUGCGCUGCUCUGGUUCGCCAGAAGCGGCUUAGUCAUGCUGGCCACAUGACCCAGAAGCUGUACGCCGGCUCCCUUGGCCAAUAAAGCGAGAUGAGCGCUGCAACCCCAGAGUCGGUCACGACUGGACCUAAUGGUCAGGGGUCCCUUUACCUUACUAAUUUCUGUUCAUGAUUGUAUUAGGACGGUUAUAUGGAGUCAGUGUCGUUUGUGCCUGCAAAAGUUCUGGUGUGGACAUACUGCUUCUUUUCCAAAUGUUCCAUGUCUUGUAGUUUCCUGCUGAAAUCUCAUAACUUCAUUAUAUCACAAAUGUUCCGGGGUGGGAGGGGAGGGCAGUUUGGCACUGCUUUUGCUGUGCUAGUGUGCAAGAGUGCCCCUUCAGAUGGCAGUCACGCAGCAAAGUUGGGGAUGAAUCUCAGGACAUCUACCGUAUUUUUCGUUCUAUAGAGCGCACCGGCCCAUAGGACGCACCUCGUUUUUUUGGGGGGGGGAAUGAAUAAAAAAAAUUAUUUCCCCCCCCCCCCCCCGCGGCUGCCGCCCCAAGCCUUGCGUGCUUCGGGCGACAGGCUGCCGCCCCAAGCCUCGCGCGCUCGGCGGGACCUCCUGCCGGGCGCGCAAGGCUUGCAGACACUCGCCCGAAGCACGGGGAGCCCUCCGGAGGGCUCCCCGUGCGGCGGGCGACCCGCUGCCGCCCCGCGCCUCGCGCGCGCGGCGGGACCUCCUGCCUGGCGCGCAAGGCUUGCAGACACUCGCCCGAGCACGGGGAGCCCUCCGGAGGGCUCCCCGUGCUUCGGGCGACAGGCGGCCGCCCCACGCCUCGCGCGCUCGGCGGUACCUCCUCCCGGGCGCGCAAGGCUGGCAGACACUCGCCCGAAGCACGGGAGCCCUCCGGAGGGCUCCCGUGCUCGGGCGACAAGCUGCCGCCCGAAGCCUCGCGCGCUCGGCGGGACCUCCUGCCUGGCGCGCAAGGCUUGCAGACACUCGCCGAGCACGGGAGCCUCCGGAGGGCUCCCGUGCUCGGCGACAGGCUGCCGCCCUAAGCCUCGCGCGCUCGGCGGGACCUCCUGCCGGGCGCAAGGCUUGCAGACACUCGCCGGGGCUGCAGGCUGCUGCCUGCAAGCCUUGUGAGCCCGCGGAACUCCCACCGGGCUUGCAAAGCUUGCGGAUAGUUUCUGAAGCCUGGAGAGCGAGAGGGUCGGUGCGCACCGAUGCCUCUCGCCUCCAGGCUUCAGCAGUCUGCAUUCGCUCCAUAGGACGCACACACAUUUCCCCUUCAUUUUUGGAGGGGAAAAAGUGCGUCCUAUGGAGCGAAAAAUACGGUAAUAAAGCGGAAUGAUUUGUGAAUGGGCUAGUUUAAAUCUAAUGCACAAUUAUUGUGUCCACGACACGUUGCAGAACACACCUUCAAAACAAAACAAAAACAAAGCCAGUCAGGAGGGUCACUGUAUCUGAGAGUCUAGCACAGCACUUUUAAUUUGAUGCCCUGUGUGGGCUUUCAACAAAUUGCAGUAUUUACAAACAAAUAAUAAUAAAAAUAUAAAUAUAAAUAUAAAUAAUGCAUUUUUCAUAAAUGCAAAGAUGAUUGAUCAGCACUUCCAAUCCAUAAGCCACUUUUAUCCUUGCAACAAGUCUGUGAGGUGUCACUGUUGUGACACAGCACCUUGAUCCUCUGCUAAUGACAUCCCAAGUGCAACAGGGUUGCAAUGUAAACUAAGGUUGCUUACAGCAGCUUCAUUAAUUGUGUUGCGGACUCUUUAAAGUGAAGGACAAAAGAAAACGAAGGAGAAAGGCAGGCUUAGGACUUAAGUGUGUGAAUUAUGGUAUUAGCCAUUUUUGCCCAAUAUAACUGAUGGCAUAUGCAUGUAAUUACCAUAUUUUUCGUCCUAUAGGGCGCACCGGCCCAUAGGACGCACCUCAUUUUUUUGGGGGGGGGGAAAUAAAUAAAAAAAAAAUUAUUCCCCCCCCCACCGCGGCUGCCGCCCCAAGCCUUGCGCACACCUGCCCGAAGCACGGGGCACCCUCCGGAGGGCUCCCCGUGCUUCGGGCGACAGGCUGCCGCCCCAAGCCUCGCACACUCGACGGGACCUCCUGCCAGGGGCGCAAGGCUUGCGGACACUCGCCUGAAGCACGGGGAGACCUCCGGAGGGCUCCCCAUGCUUCGGGGGACAGGCUGCUGCCCCAAGCCUUGCGCGCUCGGCGGGACCUCCUGCCGGGCGUGCAAGGCUUGUGGACACUCGCCGGGGCUGCAGGCUGCUGCCCGCAAGCCUUGUGAGCCCGCGGUAACUCCCACCGGGCUUGCAAGGCUUGUGGAUAGCUUCCUGAAGCCUGGAGAGCGAGAGGGGUCGGUGCGCACGGAUGCCUGCAUUCGCCCCAUAGGACGCACACACAUUUCCCCUUCAUUUUUGGAGGGGAAAAAGUGCGUCCUAUGGGGCGAAAAAUACGGUACUAUCCAUAAUGAAGUACACCUCCCCCCCACCCCAGUACAGUAGAAAAUGUGGUUUUACGGCAAUCUUAUAGCCAAUCUAUGCGCAUAAUGAAAAGCACAUAAUAAACACUUACUGGAAUUGUACCACUUUAGAAUGCAAGUGAGCAGAGCAUCAUAAUAAUAAUAAUAAUAAUAAUAAUAAUUGUUUGCGCUCACCACGUUAAACAGCAGCAACUGAGUAUGCAAAAAAUUGGCACGCAUGAAAAAUGACACUAGAUUAGAUUCCCUUUUGCUGACAUUCUCACUUUUUAUGCACUGGAAGUUUGGGAUGUAGAAAAGGACUCCCAUGUGUUUUAUGGAAUUCACUCCCACUGCAAGGUUUCCUAGGCAUGUGGGUUGUCUUUUUAGCAUUGCUUUCUGUGAUAAAUAGCUGCUUGCCCGUAACAGCAAACUCAGUAGUCCAAGGAGAAUGUUUUGCUUUAGGUGUUUUUUAAAAAAUUACUAUUCUUGGCAAUUGUUUUAGGGGAGUCAAAAAGCAUAGCUGUGCCUUACAUCUCAGUUUACGGCUGUGCGUGCAAACCAUACAUUUAAAAUACAUUUUAAGCACAUGUACCUCCCAAGAACCUGGGAGCUGUAGCUUAUUAAUGGUGCCGGGAAUUGUAGCUCUGUGAAGUUCUACUCUAAAACGGUAGUGUGGUGCAGUGGUUAGAGUGUUGGACUAGGACCCAGUUGACCAGGGUUCAAAUCCCCCCUGCCUUCAACCAUGAAGCUCGCUGGGUGACCUUGUGCCUCUCAGUCUAACCCAUGGGUAGGCAAACUAAGGCCCGGGGACUGGAUCAGGCCCAAUCUCCUGCUAAAUCCGGCCCGCGGACAGUCCAGGAAUCACCGUGUUUAUACUUGAGUAGAAUGUGUCCUUUUAUUUAAAAUGCAUCUCUGGGUUACUUCUGGGGCCUGACUGGUGUUUUUUCAUGAGUAGAAUGUGUGCUUUUAUUUAAACUUCAUCUCUGGGAUAUUUGUGUGCCCUGCCUGGUGUUUUUACAUGAGUAGAAUGUGUGCUCAAUAACAAUGUGGGUUAUUGUGGGAUAUAGGAAUUCGUUCAUCCCCCCCAAAUAUAUCCAGCCCCCCCACAAGGUCUGAGGGACAGUGGACUGGCCCCCUGCUGAAAAAUUUUGCUGACCUCUGGUCUAGCCUACCUCACAGGGGUGUUGUGGGAAGGGGAGAAGCAUGAAUUCCUUGGAGAAAAAGGUGGGGUAAAAAUGAAAUAAAUAAAAAGUUUUUCAGGAGAAGCAACAAGGGUCAGCUGGGGUGGGAAAAUGCCGCAAAGUGAAUGGGAUUGGGUGUCCCCCGUGUGACACUGCACCAAGCCAUAUAUAUUAUAUAUGCAUGUGCCAGCUGGAUGUCAAGAAGAAAUGCUACAAAGUCACGUGGAAACACUGGGCAGGCAGAAGGGGAUCUGUUGUCAUCGCUUGGCUCUGAUUGCUGGGAAACUGAACUGGGCAAUCAAACUCUAUGUACACAGGCUGCACCUAGACACUGCAGGAGAUUCUGAGUACAAUUGCAGGCAGGCAAGGGAAAGAGAGGCACAGAGAAGAGCUGCCUCUACUUCACCAAACUGCAAAACAGGGACUGAUCUAUUUGGACAGAGGAACUCAGAGUCUGCUGAAGGAUUUACUGGAUGCUGCAACUAGACUGGCAAAAGAAAAGAAACUGGCAGUCUCACCCUGUGCUAUGUGUCACCAACUUUUAGAGAAUUUUAUAUUUGUAGUCAUAAUAAUAAUAAUAAUAUUGAUAAUUUAUUAUUUAUACCCUGUCCAUCUGGCUGGGUUCUCCCAGCCACUCUGGGCGGCUUCCAACAGAAUAUUAAAAUACAGUAAUCCAUCAGACAUUAAAAGCUUCCCUAAACAGGGCUGCCUUCAGAUGUCUUCUAAAAGUCUGGUAGUUAUUGUUCUCUUUAACAUCUGGUGGGAGGGCGCUCCACAGGGCGGGUGCCACUACUGAGAAGGCCCUCUGCCUGGUUCCCUGUAACUUGGCUUCUCGCAGUUAGGGAACUGCCAGAAGGCCCUUGGCACUGGACCUCAGUGUCCGGGUGGAACGAUGGGGGUGGAGACGCUCCUUGAGGUAUACAGUGGUACCUCGGGUUACAGAUGCUUCAGGUUACAUACGCUUCAGGUUACAGACUCCGCUAACCCAGAAAUAGUACCUCGGGUUAAGAACUUUGCUUCAGGAUGAGAACAGAAAUCGCGCUGCGGCAGCAGGAGGCCCCAUUAGCUAAAGUGGUGCUUCAGGUUAAGAACAGUUUCAGGUUAAGAACGGACCUCUGGAACGAAUUAUGUACGUAACCAGAGGUAUCACUUUACUCUACUGAUAUUUAUGAUGGCCAUAAAUAUCCCAUAAGCAGUGUUUUAAAUUGGCCGGGCGCAUUUUGCAUCUGUCUUUCGACCGCUUGCGACCAAGUGAAGAUGCCUCAGUGCCAGGGUGGCGUCUGACAUCUCCACCAUCUGGAGGUGUGUGUCUGGGGAUCAUUGGAUCUGGACUGUUUCCACACACUAAUACCCCACCCUUAGAAUCCUGUCCGUUAUAUUUUAUAUGCACAGUCAGAAUGAAUUUUUGGAACCAACAUGCUUUUUCUGAGCAGCCUGAGCAGGAGCAGUUAUCCUUAAGAGAAAGAGGUUGGAAUCGGCCAGUAUGUAUGUGGACUGUCCCUGGAUCAUGGGACUCUUCUUCUUUAAGUUCUCAAAGCUAGCUCAAGGUUGCCAUCUGAACUAGUUCAAUUGAGACUCAAUCACAGUCAGUCCAGCAUUCAAAAAAGAAGACUUUAGAGCCGCCUUGCCCCAAAAGGGCAACUAGGCAUUCUGUUUUGGUGACCGCAGCCUUGGUUUAAGGAGCCAUUUGGCACCUAGCUUAUAUAUCUGAGUUCCUAACACGGGUGGCGCUGUGAGUUAAACCACAGAGCCUAGGGCUUCCCGAUCAGAAGGUCAGCGGUUCGAAUCCCCAUGACAGGGUGAGCUCCCAUUGCUCGGUCCCUGCUCCUGCCAACCUAGCAGUUCAAAAGCACGUCAAAGUGCAAGUAGAUAAAUAGGUGGGAAGGUAAACGGCAUUUCCGUGCACUGCUCUGGUUUGCCAGAAGUGGUUUAGUCAUGCUGGCCACAUGACCCGGAAGCUGUACGCCAGUUCCCUCGGCCAAUAAAGCGAGAUGAGCGCCGCAACCCCGGAGUCGUCCACGACUGGACCUAAUGGUCAGGGGUCCCUUUACCCUUUACCUUUAACACUGCCCAUAAGCCUCUAGCAAAGCCUGCUGGGCAGCACUGAUUUGAGGCCAAGCUACAGAUUUUUAGACACUUACCUGGAAACAAUCCUGAGAUGGCUUUACGCUCACAUUCUAGGCCAGAGAUGGGGCACUUGUGCCCUUCCAGGUGUUGCUGGACUCCAGCUCCCAUCAGCCGCAGUUAACAUGGCCAUUGGUUGGGGAUUGAUUAAAUUCCAUCAUAACUCACAAGCAUAUGAUCCCAGGCAGCCCGCGAUCGCUCUCAGCUCCCCAUGUUCCUGGAAGUCACCUUGCGCCGAGGCCACUGGGUGCAGCAAAGAGCCUUGUGCCUUGAAUAAUCAAUAUAGAGAAAUCAAGGGGUGUACAUGGAUGUAUGAAGUGGCUGGCCCGGGUCACCCAGCCAUAGGUGGCUGACCAGCCUGCUGAGAAAUUCUUCAGCCAGCCUUUCUGUUCCUUUUCAGCUCAUGGGCCACAGAAGCUGUGGCAUGCUCUGUCAGCGCCAGGCUGUAUUGCCUUCAGCUAACUUCCCCAUCUUUCCCUAGGUCUUUAAACUAUCCAAGUUUCUUCACUCUCUGCCUCUAAUGGAAUCCUCCCCUAACCACCACUACUGCUCCCACCUCCUCAAGUAUUUGGACUAUUUAAUUCUGCUCUGCUUCUGCCACUUCAGUCUUCACUGCAUUGUUUUUGGGCUGUUGUUUCCUUUUGUGAUCUUGGAAAUGUGAAGUUGUUUCCACAUUGGUUUGUGCUUUGCUGGCAGCGGGAGGGAGGAAUUUGGCUGAGACUCACUGUCCUGAAGCGCCCCCUGCAGACAGCUCUGGAGCACUGCUGCUGAAACCUGGAGACGAACCCAAUCGGGUUUGUUUUUCUAAAAUACUUUGCAAGCAUUCUUGCUGUUCUGCCAUUUGCACAUCAGAUUGUGGGUGUGUAUUUGGUCUCCUUGGGGGGGGGGAGUCUUAUUUGCUAGCUUCCCAGUGAAUUGCAUGUGACCUCAUACCAUGUACUACCAUCGAAUAGUGCCGUAGGUCUAUUCAUUUUGUGUUUAAAGGCCCCAGAUUCAAUCUCCAGGUACAGCUCAGAAAAUAUUCCUGUCUGAUAUACCCAAGACAGCUGCUGCUAGUAAGUAUGGAUCUAUGUUUCUAACGUGAGGCACAGAGAACAGACGAAGUGCCCGUUUAUUUUGGGAUUCCUGUUGAUAAGGCGAAAUGAAGGUGUCAGGAGUUACAGCAAACUUUAAAGAAUACCAUCCAUUUGCAUAGCCCUUUGCUAGUAGCAAUUUGUUCAAUAAAGUAUGCACAAAAAGCUAUCUAUUCCUUGGGUUUAUAUAGCUUGUUUUAUAUCCUCUCUCAAAUGUUAAUGAAAAUUUGCAGGGCAAGAAGUUGUAUGGCUAACAGGCAAACAUUCCAAUCCUUAUGGAUUCACUUACAGCAAAUGAAUACGUUUGAUAUCUUUCCACAUGGUCACCACCCAAAACUUCACUAACACUGUGAUACUGUGUACACAAUAUCUCUUGUUAAUAUCUUUUAGUGGGCUAAUUUAUUGUACACUGCUUUUUCUUUUCUUUUCUUUUCUGCCUGGGAACAUAAAACCUCUUGGGUGACUUUUACCUCCUGAGACUGACCCAGAUGUAUAUCACUAUUUAAUAUAUGUGAUUCAAACAUGGUUAUUAUAUACAGGGUGUUUCAUGUUUCUUUCUUUCUUUGGCUUGAUCCUCAGCAAUUGUUCACUUACAAAGAUUUUGCAUUUGGACAAAGGGCCCUUGGAUAAAAAGAAUUAUUGGAGGCGCACUAUUAUUGUGAACUAGCAAAAUGCUGCCCAUUAUUCUCAGUGGAAGAAUCCAGAAAUUCAUUCCGAGUGUGCAGAUAAAUUAUAACUGAUAGACAUCUACAGGAUGGGGUAUUAGUGUGUGGAAAUAGUCCAGAUCCAAUGACCCCCAGAUGGUGGAGAUAUCAGGCGCCAUCCUGGCACCCAGGCAGCUUCACUUGGUCCCCAGUGGUUGAUAUCCAGGUGCAAAAUGCUCCUGGCUAAUUUCGAACACUGGGAAUGGAGCAAUGUUAGGCAGACCACUUAAAGAGAGCUGGUGGGUUGCACAACUUGGUAGGAAUCAAAUCAUGCAGGCCUUUUUAAAGAAGUUCUUUGUUUUCUAUAGCAGCCUUAUUUUGUUCAGUAUUACAUUUAUAUCCCACCUGUCCUCUGAGGACCUCAAGGUGACGUACAUUGUUCUCUUCCUCAACAACCACUUUGUGAGGUACAUUGGGCUGAGACUUUCAACCAUACAGUGGAACCUUGGUUUUCGAACGUAAUCCAUUCCGGAAGACCAUUCGACUUCCGAAAUGUUCAAAAACUGAAAACUCAAUACAGAAGCCUCAAUACAAUAGGGAAAUUCAAAACGGAAGCUGUGUGGCAUGUUCGGCUUCUGAAAAGCGUUCAAAAACCAAAGCAGUUACUUCUGGGUUUUUGUCAUUCAAAAGCCAAAACGUUCGACUUCCGAGAUGCUUGAAAACCGAGGUUCCACUGUAUUAGUAAAAUAUAGUGCGUUAUAACACUGUGACACCAGAUGGUGCUGUAGAACACUAUGAAUUUUUCCAUUGUGAGGUUUAAAUGGAGUUUUUCAGAGAUUUUUUUAAUAUAGUAGUAGUAGUAGUAAUAGUAGUAGUAAUAAUAAUAAUAAGUUGUUUUAUUUAUACCCCACCCUCCCCCGCCAAGUAUAAAACACCAAGUAUAAAAACAAUUGAUUAAAAUACAACAUAAAAACAAGAUUAAAAUACAACAUUAAAAUGCAGCCUCAUUUCAGUAGAAACUCAAAUAAAAAACUUUUUUGGGAUGAAAACAUAAAAUCUUCACCAAGGCUGUGUAGAUGCAGCCAGAGAUUGUGAAUGGCCCAGGGCUGAGCAGGGAUUUCAACCCUGGUUUCCAAACUAGUUGGUUCAAAACAGGAUGUUUAGAUAGUAUUAAAUAAGUUGUGGUGUUUGGACUCUAAGGCACAUUUGGAUCAGAUUUUCCUCUUCAAAGAAUUCUGGGCACUCUAAUUUGUUAAGGGUUGCUGGGAGUUUUAGCUCUGUGAGUGGUAAACUGUAUUGUCCAGAAUUAUUUGAGGGACAGGGUGUGUUUUGAAUGUGCUUUAAAGGUAUAGUGUCUACGCAGCCUAGGUGCUCAAAAGUACAACUCCACUACCCUGGAAUUUGAAUUGUGACUUUUUGCCACAGCAGUUAAGGAGUCAACACUACAGAGUACUACAGUGUUUUCCUGGAUAGCUGAAGUUAGGGCUGCCAUACGUCCAGAUUUUCCCGGACAUUACCUGGAUUUCAAAGGUGGAAUUGACAGCCGAGGGGAAUUUCUGAAAGGUGGUCCUGGAACUUAGACAAGUCAAUCAAAACAUCAUUUUUUGGGCUCAACAAUUUUGGGCUCUUCCAUAGUGGUGAAGAGCAUUUGUACAUAUGCAUUAGGCAUGUACGCUGGUCUACAGGUUUCUCCUUGUUUCCUGGCAGUCUGUAACUUUCUUGAAGCAAACCAAGCGUAUCCAAAGGCAGCGGCUGCAGUUGCUAUGCUGUGGCAGUAAAGAUACUUUCGCAAUUGAUGCCCCGCAUCAGUUGUAGCACAUUUUAUUGUCGGCAGUGUCAACAGUGCAUUAACGGAGCCUGCUCGGAAUCUUUGUCUGGCAAACAAAGGCUCUGACUCUUUAAUUAUCUAGCUGAAAGUAAGUUUUUGGCUGCCUCGUUCUCCUUUGCAAGGAGCUGUUGUUUUUAAUAUGGCAUGGGCUGUACACUCUGGCAGGGCAGCUUGCCGAAAAAGGAGCCAGUUUGUAUUUUUUGUUAUGAAUUGCUUGCUUUUAAGUGCCCUGGUAAAAAGAUCUUAAUGAUGUGCUGCCAAUCAUUUUGAAUUUACAGUGGUACCUUGGGUUAAGAACUUAAUUCGUACCGGAGGUCCGUUCCUAACCUGAAACUGUUCUUAACCUGAGGUAUCACUUUAGCUAAUGGGGCCUCCCGCUGCCACCGCGCAAUUUCUGUUCUCAUCCUGAAGCAAAGUUCUUAACCCGAGGUACUAUUUCUGGGUUAGCGGAGUCUGUAACCUGAAGUGUCUGUAAUCUAAAGCAUCUGUAACCCAAGGUACCACUGUACUAGGAACAAGACAAUAGUUUUUUUAGCUGAUAUAUGUUGUCACAGGGUUACUUGAAUACAUUGACUUUGUAACUAAGCCAGGCUUGCGAAACAAAGUCACACAGGUUACUAGUCCUCCUCCUCCUUUUUUAAAAAGCUAGCUGUGUGCCCACUACAGUGGUACCUCGGGUUACAGACGCUUCAGGUUCAGGUUACAGACUCUGCUAACCCAGAAAUAGUACCUCAGGUUAAGAACUUUCCUUCAGGAUGAGAACAGAAAUCGCGCGGCGGCAGCGGGAGGCCCCAUUAGCUAAAGUGGCACCUCAGGUUAAGAACGGUUUCAGGUUAAGAACGGACCUCCGGAACAAAUUAAGUUCUUAACCCGAGGUACCACUGUAUAUGCUAGGUUUGAGUUUGCUGAAAUGGAAAAAAGAGAGAACAAAUAUUUAGAAAGCUUCACUGCAGAGUAACCUGGAUACAAUCUUUACUCAUAUUACUAGUCUGAGCUAAGCUAUAAAAUCUACAAUAUUUGCUGUGAUGUGCAGUUUUUUGUGACCUCCUGAAUUCUGCUCCAAAUUUUGAUGAAAUUCAACUCCCAAAGAUACAGCGGCAUCAGGACUUGGCAAUCCUAGAGAGAGAGAAGGAAGUUAUCUGUCUCCAGAGUGAAAUAUUCCUCUCCCCUGUCGCAUCCAGGGCUCCCCUAGAUGACCUGUUUAUGGGGCAGUAAAUCCAGAUUUGUUUGCACAAAGCUUACUUACUGGUUGGACUGUGUCCAAUCUUUUUUGAGCAUUUGCUCUGAUUUGUUCGCAGGGAGGUGAUAGGAUAGUGAGCAUUCAUCCUGAACCCAUUCUGAUUUGUUUGUGUGGUUGGUUAUGCACCUUCCUAUUAAGCAAUUGUUUAGUCCGUCCCUUUCACUGUGUUCCCCCAUCACUUUCCUUACUGUAAAAAGUCUGUUGUUGUUUUUUAAAGGGAAUUUGUUGCACCAGGGCAACAGAACACUAUUAUCCACUUUAAUGCUGCAAACCUAUAUUUUCAAUAUGCACUUGAAUCCAUCCUGAAAAACACCAACAGUCUAGAGGUGACCUUAGAGCAGUGUUAGAACCUUGGGUAUAUCAGCUAGGUGCCAAAUGCCACCUUAAACCUAGGUUAUGGUCGCCACAACUUUUAUUCACCAGGGGGUUGGACUAAAUGACCCUCAGGGUCCCUUCUAUGAUUCUGUGAGCUCACAUACCGUACUAUCCCAUGUAUAACACGCCCCCCUUGUAUAGGACGCACCCUAUUUUGGGGGACUCCAAAUUAAGAAAAUGGCCCAGAGUUGUUGAACUUUUUGGGGAGUAAAGGUAAAGGGACCCCUGACCAUUAGGUCCAGUCGUGACCGACUCUGGGGUUGCAGCGCUCAUCUCGCUUUAUUGGCCGAGGGAGCCAGCGUACAGCUUCCGGAUCAUGUGGCCAGCAUGACUAAGCCACUUCUGGCGUACCAGAGCAGUGCACAGAAAUGCGUUUACCUUCCCGUAGCUUAUCUACUUGCACUUUGAUGUGCUUUCAAACUGCUAGGUUGGCAGGAGCAGGGACUGAGAAAUGGGAGCUCACCCUGUCGCGGGGAUCCGAACCGCCGACCUUCUGAUUGGCAAGUCCUAGGCUCUGUGGUUUAACCCACAGCGCCACUUUUGGGGAGAGGAUGGCUCAAAGUUGUGGAGAUUUUUGGGGGAGGAUGACCCAAAGUUUGAGCUUUUUGGGGGGAUGAACCAGAGGAUUGACCAGAGUUGUUGAGUUGUUACAUCACUAACCCGACGGUUACAAUUGCUAGCGUGGUUUGCUAGCAAUCACUCACAUUUGCAAAAUGAGUCUGCCCGAUCGCCGACAGCGGAAGGAAAUCGCAAGCCCCAUUGCUGCAGUGGCUGCAAAUCCACAACAGCCCUUGUCACAGCAACCAAUCACGCAUCCAUUUAAUGCAGCAUCAGCCAAUACAAAGCAGCCUUUGACUCAGCCAACAAUCACACACCACAUCGCCAAUGACAAUCUGCAGCUUGCGGCUGCAACCAAUCAUCGGUCACCCCUACCCACUACCCGUGUAUAAGAGGAGCAGUGUAGAAGACGCCCCCAGUUUUGGGAGAUUAUUUUACAGUAAAAGAAACCUCGUCUUAUACAUGGAAAACUACAGUACAUUGCUUGACUGUAGUUUGCUUCUUACAGCAGUUCACUUGUCCCAAUAUGCAAGAAGCAGAAACAUACACAGAGGAAAUGGAAAUGCAUUAACUAUGGACUAAGGCAGAGGUCUUUAAACUGUGGUUGCCAACCUGCUGCCCAGAAGUCUCCACGUAGUUGCAAUUGGACCUCUCCAAAACCAAAUGCGCCUGGCGCCUGGAUAGUUUCAAACACUGCAUUAGAGAUCCCUUCAUCCACUUAGGGCAACCAUGAUUUCCUAUGGUUAGGAUUGCUCUCUUAGUAUAUAACUUUGCCCCAGCAAAGAGGAGUUGGAAGGGGACAUAGUAUGAGAUUACAGUUGAUGGAGGACGUGUAAAUUUAGCACUUCCCUUUCUGUACACUGGACUGUUAACUUGGUGAGAAGUCAUCUGACUUUCCAGUGAGUGCAGAUAAUACAGAAGUGGAGGAAUUCUGCCCUCAAUCUCCUGCUAGAACAAACUACUGCUGUUUUGAGAAUUUGGGUCCAAACACACACCCAUAAAAUGCAGCAGUUGAGCAUCAAACUCCAUUUGUGAAUAUUCAUUCCUCAUCUCUUGAUGGAUCCGAAUUAGAACUUAAACAAAUAUUCAGAUCCCAUUUAUAUAAUGACCAACUGCUACAAAUUUCCACUUGUGCAUUCCAGUCAGGCAAUGUAGAAUGCUGUGCUUUAUUCAGAAUUCAUUUCUUUGCUAUUCCGUCACUCAAAAUUAAUUCAGUGAGCUGACACUGUGUCAACAUACUCAGUUUCCUCUAUGGAAAUGACUCUUCCAAUUAGAAGAGUUUUGGCACUCACCAAGGAGACAGAAGAAAGCCAGUGAAAUUCUGGGUUUAUGAAGUCCAUGGUUAAAUUGGCACGUGACCAUUAAAACAAUCUUACUGUCUGGACCAAUGCUUCCUCCAUCAAAUUACCCUACCCAUCAAGUCUCAGCCUUGACAGAAAAUGUCCUAGUGUCUUUGACAGUGAUGAGAAGUGGCUGCUAUCGAAGUAUGCAAUUGCUGAGAUACUUGGUUUGUAGAAAUGCACCCUGAAAUGGCUCUUUACAGAACUCCUACUGUGUGCAGUGCUUAAAUAUAAACAUGCAUUCACAUUGUAUAUAUGGUAGUGAAUCUGCAGGCCUUGCCUGUAUCCUGCAGCAAGAUCUCAUGUGUUCCCAUGCACAGAAUACAAGUAUCUACUUUUGUUUUCCAGUUCAUAGCAGGAUCCUGUAAGGUUCUGUGUGAACAAUGUACCUGUUCCAUGCAUGCAGGAUGCCUAGCGCAUGCAAAAGAUGGUCAUUGGAUCUGGGCAAAGAGGGCACAUCUUACCUGAUUUUAACCUUGCCGAAGAGAAGCACAGAUAUCUCCAUGCCUUACCUCUCCCCCGGCAGCAAAUCUACCCCCCUUUCAGUUAGCUGUUGCUGGUGCUUGCAGAACAUCCCACUAUAACAGGGCUGGAGAAUCUUGAGUCCAUGAACCAGUGCUGACUUGCCAGACUAUUUCCCCAAACUCUGCCCACCAGCUGAUGGGUGAGAGCUGGGCAGGGUUUUAUCCUGUUGGGAACAGGAUCACAUAGCCUAGGGUUUAUUCUUCAUCCAUCAGCUAAUGAGUGACAGUUAAAGAUCAGAGUGAGAUUGGCACAAGAUUGGGGACUUAAAGCAGGGGAGACCUGCAAAGGCUUUUGCAGGUUUCUUUCUUCUUUCCUUCGAAGUUCUUGGUCUCAGGGACUUCAAUGGGGAAGAGGGAGGAGACUUGCAAAAGCCUUUCAGAUACCCAUCUCACUGCAGUCUUAAAAGGAAUGUAAGAUGAACCCUGGUAGAUCACAUAUAAGGUCCAUCUAGUUCAGCAGUCCGUUCUCAUGUCAUCCGACCAGAUACCUAUGGGAUACCUUCAAGCUGGACCUGUUUGCAACAGUGCUCUCCACUUGUGAUGGCCAGCAAUUUAUAUUCAGAGGCAUACAGCGGAGGAGGAGCAUAGACAUUGUGCCUAGUGGCUACUGGUAGCCUUAUCCUCCAUGAAUUUGCCUAAUCUUCUUUUAAAGCCAUCUUGACCAUUCUAAGAAUCAGCUGUGGCACCCCUUUCCUAAUUUCAUUUUGGUCAUGUGAAUGCUUGAUCGCAGCUCAAGACUACAGACUUCACAGCUUUCCAGCUCUCUAUAUAUUUAAGCUAGGCAACAGGGCACGUGAAAAGCAAUUGGAAACUCUGUAUAUGUCUGUACAUGUGCACACAUGUGUUGGACAUGGGUGGCGCUGUGGUCUAAACCACUGAGCCUCUUGGGCUUGCCAUUCGGAAGGUUGGCGGUUCGAAUCUCUGCAACGGGGUGAGCUCCCGUUGCUCUGUCCCAGCUCCUGCCCACCUAGCAGUUCGAAAGCAUGUCAAAGUGCAAGUAGAUAAAUAGGUACCGCUCUGGUGGGAAGGUAAACGCCGUUUCCGUGCACUGCUCUGGUUCGCCAGAAGUGGCUUAGUCAUGCUGGCCACAUGACCCGGAAGCUGUACGCUGGCUCCCUCGACCAAAAAAAGGGAGAUGAGUGCCGCAACCCCAGAGUUGGUCACAACUAGACCUAAUGGUCAGGGGUCCCCUUUACCUUGCAAGUAGGAGACUCUUGAGAGUCCCAGGGACUGCAAGAAGAUCAAACCUAUCCAUUCUUAAGGAAAUCAGCCCUGAGUGCUCACUGGAAGGACAGAUCCUGAAGCUGAGGCUCCAAUACUUUGGCCACCUCAUGAGAAGAGAAGACUCCCUGGAAAAGACCCUGAUGUUGGGAAAGAUGGAGGGCACAAGGAGAAGGGGACUACAGAGGACGAGAUAGUUGGACAGUGUUCUUGGAGCUACCAGCAUGAGUUUGACCAAACUGUGGGAGGCAGUGGAAGACAGGAGUGCCUGGCGUGCUCUGGUCCAUGGGGUCACGAAGAGUCGGACACAACUAAAUGACUAAACAACAAUAACCUUGCAAGUAUAUAAAUGAUCAUAGCAAAAAUGAUAUGGGAACCUAUAUAAUCCACAGGGCUCUGUAUCAUGCAGUUCUCUAAAUAUGUUGCAGAACUAUGGAAUUUGGUGGGAUUCUGCAUUUUCAGAAUCUCAACCUUCAAAAGAGCAAGUUUUUUUGCGUUACGGUUCUGGAGAUUAGCUUGGAAGUAUCUGGGCACCACCUUGUGAAAGCCCAGAAGAGAGACGUGAAGCUGAUGUGGUGAUUCUCAUGAUUACGGGAUGACUUGGCGCCUCAGGAUAUUUGACUAAGCGCGAUGACAUUAAACAUAGUUCCUCACACUUCUGAAAUUAUAUGUAACAGAGGAGGCUAUGAGGUAUGGAAGAAGUUUACAGUUUCAAAGACAGCUGUUAACUGUAAUUUCAAAUGACAGCUGUAAAUGCUGUAAUCUUCUUUCAGACAAAAUGCCCACAGAGAACAACACAACUCUCUUCUUGCUCUUUCAGCAAGUUUUACCCACGUAACGAUGAAGUUGGGUAACAUUUCUCAUGUUUGACAGUUUGGAGACGGAUACUCAUAUAUGUCAAAGCAGUUUUAUUCUUUCCUAGCUAUCUGACCAAAGGGUGGCUAAUUUUAGGUACUUAAUAUAAGAAGAGCUCUGGGGUUUGUUUGUUUUUUUGCUCACAGGCUUGGAAGAUUGUUUCUCUUGGAAGAUGGUUUCUACUAGGGAGUAAACUUGGAAACAAAUUUCAGCGAUUUGCUUAUAAAGAUGCGCAAGAGGACACUGUAGAAUUUUGUAACUGUAUGAACGCAACAGCUAUCAUUUCCCCCCUGAAGUUCAUCAUUGUUUUGAGAGUCUGGUCUAGGGGGUGAGGACCUUCCAUCUCACAGGCCUCAUUUGGCCUGUGCGGCCAUUUCUACCAAACUCUGUCCACCUGCCAAUAGUAUGAUGUCAUUUGAUGUCACCAGACAAGAAGGAGUGUUGCAAACAAAUACACUUGCCUCUUAUUCUUUUCAAGGGGAUUUGCUUCACUGCUGCCAUCAGCUUCACUGAUGGCUAUGUGUGUGCACUGUAAUCCUAAAUAGCUUUACUCAGAUGUAAGCCCCUUUUUAGUGAUGUAUGGAAGUGAGAGCCGGACCAUAAAGAAGGCUGAUCGCCGAAGCAUUGAUGCUUUUGAAUUAUGGUGCUGGAGGAGACUCUUGAGAGUCCCAUGGACUGCAAGAAGAUCCAACCGAUCCAUUCUGAAGGAAAUUAGCCCUGAGUGCUCACUGGAAGGACAGAUCCUGAAGCUGAGGCUCCAAUACUUUGGCCACCUCAUGAGAAGAGAAGACUCCCUGGAAAAGACCCUGAUGUUGGGAAAGAUUGAGGGCACAAGGAGAAGGGGACGACAGAGGACGAGAUGGUUGGACAGUGUUCUCGAAGCUACCAACAUGAGUUUGACCAAACUGCGGGAGGCAGUGGAAGACAGGAGUGCCUGGCGUGCUCUGGUCCAUGGAGUCACGAAGAGUCGGACACAACUAAACGACUAAACAACAACAACAAGAAAAGCCCCUUUGAGCUCAGUGAAACUCACUCCCUGAUAGAUGAGCUCAGGACUGCAUUCUUAACUUGAUUUGAGCAGUUAUUUCCUCUUCCUAUAGUGCUUGGGAACUGUAGUUCUGGGGUUGAGAGGAACUCUCAAUAGGCAAUUCUUUGCAUCUCACCCAAAUUUCGUCCAGAAUUUGGCAAAGUGCAAGUAGGUGGUCAUAUAAGACAUUUGUUCAUAGUACUAGCAGGAGUGCCCAGCAUCAUGGGAGUAGCCAAGGGGAAGCAGGGGCAGCGCCCCCCCAGAUCAAGUAAAACAAUAGAAAUACAUAACUAACUGACCAAUCACAUCGGUUCUGCCCCCACCCAAAAAAUCUUGGCUAUGCCCAUGCAAAUGCUGCCUGAGAUUUCUUAGAAACCAACAAACAUUGUGGUGAAAAAUAAUAAUGAAUAGUAUAAUUUGUGAGUUUGGAUCCAUCAUGUCCAAAAUUGGGAGAAGUCAUACCAAAGUCACAUUUUGGUCUGCCAUCUUGAUUCAAAAUGCCGUGCGGUAUCUAAAUGAAGACACAGUCUCUCCCACUUCUGGCAACCCUCUUGCUGAGUUUGCGAUGAUAUCUUGAGAGGCACCUGAAUGCAUAGAGAACAGACAGACAGGCAAGCCAUUUUCUAAAAUGUAUUGUGCAUUAAGGGGCUGCAGUGGCUCUGAGCCAAAGUCCGUAUAACUGAGUGUCCUCCUCCAAUCCAACAACCCAUAGUUCACAGCUUGGAGAUUAUAACAGUCUAGAAGCAGUCAGAAUGAGUAUACCAUGAUAGCAGUGCAGGCAGAUCAGGGCAAAGAUCUAACGAGACACACUUCAUUGACCCCACCCAGAUAUCUGAGCAAGCACGUAACUAUGACACAGGCCAACCUGCGGCCCCACCCCUCCAAAACGCUUCCACAUUCAGUUAAUCUAACCUAAGGGAAAAUUCUUUCCAAACAUGCCGCUAACAUUUGUUAGGACAUGCUUGUAGUUGAAUUGCAGUUGCUUCUGUUCAAUGAACCCUGGAAAUUUCUGAGUAGCGGACACAUUUUAUUUAUUUAUUUAAAAGCCUUCAGCAGAACUUCCGGAGCUGUUUCCAAAGAUAAUAGAAAUUUCAUUUUAAAAAAGCAACAAAACCAAACCCAGACAUAUUAAAAACCAAAAAUAUGCCCCCCCCCCAAAAAAAAGAUGAGGAAAGAAAAAAUGCCUUUGACUGGUGCUGAAAAUAGAACAGUGUUGGUACUAGGUGGGCCACUCUGAGGAGGUUCCAAAAAUAGGGUGCCACCACUGAAAAGGCUUUUUCUCUUUCCCCCAACAGCCUUACCUCAAUGGUCAGAAAGGCUGGAGAAGAUGCUGUUAAGGAGCCCUCACUGGAAGGGGCUUUUGCAUUCAAAAGGGACCGUUGGGAUAGCCUAUUCAGCACAUGUGCCUUGCGGUCUAGAUACAGCUAGGACUGCCGGAAUCUUAGGCAAGUCAAACUCAACAACUUUGGGGUUUGUCUAAAGAAAGUGCAACAACAACAACAACAACAACAACUUAUUAUUUCUACCCCACCCCCUGCCACUCUGGGUAGCUUUCAACAAAACAUUAAAAACAGAAUAAAAUUUCAAACAUUAAAAACUUCCCUAAACAGGCCUACCUUCAGAUGUCUUCUAAAAGUCAGAUAGUUGCUUAUUUCCUUGACAUCUGAUGGGUGCCACCACCGAGAAGGCCCUCUGCCUGGUUCCCUGUAACCUCACUUCUUGCAGUGAGGAAACCGCCAGAAGGCCCUUGGCACUGGACCUCGGUGUCUGGGCUGAUCGAUGGGGGUGGAGACGCUCCUUCAGGUAUACUGGACCUAGGCCAUUUAGGGCUUUAAAGGUCAGCACCAACACUUUGAAUUGUGCUCGGAAACGUACUGGGAGCCAAUGUAGGUCUUUCAAGACUGGUGUUAUUUGGUUAGAGGCAGUGAAAAACAACUUUUGGUUUUUACUUUUUGAAAUAUGGCAACCCUAGAUACAGCGCAAUUGAGGGUGGUAUAUUGUGAACUGCACUGUAUUUCCCACGUGUGGCUUUUGGAGUGGAAAAGUUAAUUUUUAGCACUUACUGGCUCUAUUUCAUUAAUGGAAAAAAGUUUCUAUAGGUGGUUUUGAGGUCACCAUGUAGGGAAUUCUUGAAACUGCACUUGUGCCAGGUGGCAGUCUGAUUAUAAAUAGGCAGCUUUCACUUAGAGACAACUUUGCUGCUUAUUAGUGUCUCUAAGUGAAACAGAAAUGUGAGUUAUAACCUUGGCAUAUUACCCUCCCCUUCUUUUCCUUCAGGCUCUGUUUACUUGUUCCCUGCACCAUCAACUAGACUGCAAUUUCCUUGGGGCAGAGAUCUGUACUCUUUUCUUGCUCAUUUACUUCCUAAACAUCUGCAUCACUUUUCAGUCAAAAGUUCUCAUGCUGGUUUGCAUUAAAUGCUAAAUAAAUUUUAGUAAAAAGAUGGUUUUGCCAAAUGAUCUCAGGAUGCUUGCAUAUUAUAUAGUUGCUUUUCCCUUAUGAGGUAAUCCUAGGUUAUAUGUGGCGUUAUGCUGCUCUCUGCUGGAUGUCUUGGAAAUUGCUGUGGAAUUGACAUUUUCAAUCUGUCUCUCCAUAUAGCAGUGCUUGGAUGCAUUGCACAUGCGAUUGUCACAGCACUUCCUAAAAUUUAUUUUGCGUUUUGAUUCCUGAGCUUCUCCUCUGCCUUUAAGAUCGACAUCAAGCCAGCUUUGCUUUUAAUUAAAUACAAUAAAUGCAUACCAGAUCAUAAGACAAGAUACAUAAUUAGAUAAUAGGAACAGAUACCUUUUUUAAAGACCAUUUCUCAGCAUCACACACUAAAGUGAUGAAGAGACAGAACUCAGGACAGACUAUGGAGAUAGAAUCAGGCUUGACUCUCAACGAUUUGAUAUUACAUGGCUGGGACAACAAGAGUAGAGAACAGGCUUAAACCUAUCCCAGUAUCAUCCCUGGGACUCUCUCUCAUUUUCAUAUUAAUGAGUGGUGUUCAUUCAUUCCUAUGGCUUAAAAUAAAACACAUUCAGAGGUACUGUGACCUUCACACAGAUGCCUCUCCCUUAUGGUAGAUGUAUUGCCAGUUCAUGGUAACAUAAACCAGUAAUUAAAACAUACACACGGAAACACACACAUUUAAAAGAAGGCAAUAACAAUCUGAUAUAUGCUCAGUGAAAUUGGUUAACACUAAGUCUUAAUUUAUGGGACACAGGUGGUGCUGUGGGUUAAACCAUAGAGCCUAGGACUUGCCGAUCAGAAGGUCGGUAGUUCGAAUCCCCGCAACGAGGUAAGCUCCCGUUGCUCGGUCCCUGCUCCUGCCAACCUAGCAGUUCGAAAGGACGUCAAAGUGCAAGCAGAUAAAUAGGUACCGCUCUUGCAGGAAGGUAAAUGGCGUUUCCGUGCGCUGCUCUGGUUCGCCAGAAGCGGCUUAGUCAUGCUGGCCACAUGACCUGGAAGCUGUACACCGGCUCCCUCAGCCAAUAAAGCGAGAUGAGCGCCGCAACCCCAGAGUCGGCCACGACUGGACCUAAUGGUUAGGGGUCCCUUUACCUUUAGCCUUUUAAGUCUUAAUUUGCCUCUAGAAGUUCCAGAACAAUUGGCAUUGAUGAGUUUCCAUGGAGGCGGCUGUUCCCUAGAGUCAGAGUUGUGACCCAGGAUGGAAACAUGGGGCAGGGAAAUCUUAAAGGUCAACCAGGGGUCGGGAGCAGCUGUGGCUCAGUGGUAGAGCCUUGUGUGAAACAGGUCCCUACCUCAAUCCCAACAUCUCGAGGUAGAGUUGCGAAUGUCCUCCAUCUGAAACCCCACAGAGCCACCACCAAUCAGGGUAGACGAUGUCUGGCUAGAUGGACCAAUGGGCUGCCUCAGUGGAAGGUAGCUUCCUAUGUUCUUAGCAUCAGUGUGUGCCACGUCUAGGAAAUAAGAGGAGGCCUUCUCAGUGGUGACCUUGCAGUUGUGGAACUGUAUGGACACUCUACAAAGCUAAAAUUUAGAUUAAUUUUAGAAACCCUUUACACCUGAGGUCUUUGAACCUCCCUUGUGCUGCUUUCUGAGUGUUCUGCCAAUGAUAGAUGGAGCAUCCAUAAUGCAAUCCAGAUUGCCGUAAGACCUAAUAUAUAUCUUUUUAGACUCUCAUUUGAUAGUGAUGUAUGGUGGGCAGGCUUAGAUCUAGCAAAGGUCUGAGGAAUAUGCAUCAUAGCCUUCUAAUAAAAUCAGCUGUCUAAUUGAUUUUUCACCAUGUUGAAGUCCUCAGGCUAGGAUAGGUUCAGCAUUAAAUGCAUACCUGAAUGCAUAUAACUGAAGAAAAUGAAAAGAUGGUUCCUCUAUACGAUGCUGUGUGUUUGGUCUCUCCACACCCCACGUUCCUUACAGAUCUUCUUUGUUUCCAGGACUAAUCACCAUUAAGGAGUCUCACGACAUAGAGGCCAGGCUUAAUGAAGUAGAGAAGCUCCUUAAGAAUAUUAUAAACAUGCCUUGGAAGGUAAGUGGAGCAGAUGCGAAGACUUACUGAUGAAAAACGGGGCUACCACCUUAUAGGUUGUGGUCUUAACAGCUGUGAUAAACUAGCUCUGUAUUCUCAGCUUCCCCAUGGGUCAUUUUCCUUGUUUUGGUCUCUGGGCUUCUGAUUCUUUCUGCUAAAUAAAUCCCUCGUUCCAUUCAGUUGCAUCCAUUCUUGGAAUUUAUGGAAAUCCGUAGAAGGAAAUAGGCGAAUAGCAUUUUUCCAUGUGAAACUCAAUCCGUUGGGCAGCCUGCACUGGGGAAGGGCUGUAGCCUAAUGGUAGCGCCAUCUGCUUUGCAUGCAGAAGGUUCCAGGUUCAAUCCCCGGUCUCUCCAGGUAGGGCUGAAACCCUAGAAAACCACUGCCAGCAGAUGCAGACCACCGUGAACUUGGUGGACCAGUGGUCUGAUUCAGUCCAACACUGAAUCAAACAGCCACUGCAAUGAUUGCCCAUUGAAAUCACUACCAUUGCAAUCUGAGAGAGACACUUGGACGUUGCUUGCUUAACGCUAGCGGUUGUUAUGUGCGCAUACUGUGUGGGAGAGUUGAUUCCACCUUUUCGUCACCACUAAGAAAUGCAGAAACAAAUCCGCCAAGCAAAUGCCGAGAAACGUUGUAGAUCUACAGCUGACAUGGAAGCAGGGCUGUUGUGAGAAUGGGGCCGAUCUUCCCCUCCCUCUUUGUAAAAGGAUUGACCCAACAGGAGUGACAGGAUGUAUCCAGUGUGGUGCAUAGCUCAUGGGGGAUGUAGGCUGGGUACCAUUUAUCCUGCCUCCAGUGCUCUCGCCGCAGUAGUGUUGGAAGACGCAAACUCAUGACAGUAGCCACAAUCCGCAUCUAUCCUGGAGCUUCUUGGGGAAAACUGCUGUUGGAUGUGUUUUCUCUCGAAUCAGCUUCCAUCCAUUUUGAAAACUUUCUAAAGCUGGGAACGGUAUGGAGAAAAGUGGAUAGCAGAAAGUUUUUCUCCCUCUCUCAUGACACCAGAACCCAUGGACAACCCAUAGGACUGAAUUUUGGAAGAUCUAGGACAGGCAUAGGCAAACUCAGCCCUCCAGAUAUUUUGGGACUACAACUCCCAUCAUCCCUGACCACUGGUCCUGUUAGCUAGGGAUAAUGGGAGUUGUAGUCCCAAAACACCUGGAGGGCCACAUUUGCCUAUGCCUGAUCUAGGACCAUGAGACUUGGUCCCAUAGGAGGCAGUUAAGGCCACCAACUUGGAUUAAAAGUGGAUUAGACAUGGAGGAUAAAGUUACGGAUGCCUACCAACCACUGUCAGAGGCAGUAAUGCUUCUGAAUAUCAGUUGCUGGAAACUAUGGGGUAAGGGGGGGGGAGAAUGUGUGAGGAGAACCUGAGCUUACAGGGUUAAACAGCUCAGACUGUACGCCCUGCCUACAGUUGGGAGGGGGGAGCUACGUCAGUUCCGAGAGACUAAAGUCUUUGUUCUGUCUCUCUACUUUCGCUUUUGAGGAGAGAGGACGUGUUUUCGCGAUGCUGUUCGCUGUGAUAGAUAAUGGAUAGCCUGCUGUAAAUAAAGCUGCUUUUAGCUGCUAAUAUCCUGAGUGGACUUCAUUUAAGCACACUGAAGAAUGCACUGGAGUGUUUUGGUUUCCUCUAGCCGCUGACGAACUCUGCUAUGCUCAGAAGUAUCGGAAUGUGCCCUUUGGAAUGCAGAGGCCUACGCAAUGGGGGAAGCGUGCCGGACGCUUAUCUGAGCAAUAAAUCAAGAUAUCUCAGAGGUUAUGGAGGCAGUAAUUGCAAUUAGAGGAAGCCUGCUUUGAUGUGCUGUGUGCUUAAGAAGGCUGGAAAACUGAGAAGCUGUUGUUUUGCUGCUGGAAUGCAAAAGUCCUGCUUUGAGGCUUCGCCUGGGAGAAAAGCAGGCAAGCUGUGUGCUGCAAAGCUGGAUGCAAGCUGUGUGCUGCAAGGAGCCACUGGAGGCCUCUCCUUUGAAGCUGGCUGGUACGCGUGAGUACUUCAAAGCCCCAAUGGGAGCACUGGGGGAGGAGAUGGCUGAGCUCCAGGACUUUUAUGAUGUCCCGUUUGAAAAGCUCACAACCCAGUCCUGGGAUAUCUGGGUUAGAAGAGUCAGGGGUGGUUUUUGGCCACAGGGUUCUGGGAUAUAGCCCAGAAGGAGCCUGCCCCACCCAUGCCAGUUGCUGCUGAAGAAGGAGGAGCAGAAUGGGAGGCUGCUCUCCUGGAAGAUAGAGAGCUGAGAAUGCAAAGGGAGCUCUGCAUGUUGAGAGCAAGCGUGGACGCUAUGCUGUUGCCCCACCUGGAGGGCAUUGAGUCGGCUCAGGCCGCCUGGCAGGUGCUGAGGAGUCUGUGUGAUAGCUCAGCAGGAGCCCAGGGCCGGGAGAAAGCCGAGAGCAGGCAGGAAGCUGAGAGCCCAGAGGGGGCUACUGGUCAUGUUCCUAAAGUUACAGCUGGGAGUAGCUGCUUUGUCUCCGAGGGGCCGUGUGAUGUUGAGGCCUACAACCAGAGUGCUGGGGAGCGUGCAGGCCCAGGCUGUGCACCCAAAGGUGGGGGUGCAGGGAACAAAGGAAUGGCUGAAGAGGGAGCUGUGAGAGCUGUUGCUACGCGUCGCCGCUGUUAUCACUGUGGCUCCCCUCCCAUCUGGUGAGAGAAUGUCCAGUGGAGGAACAGCCCAAGGCCGUCUCCCGUAGCAACCAGAUAAAGAGCUCUUCUUCAAAGCGUGGGAAAGGCAAGCCGAAGGCAGCUGGCAGAGACACUGAACGUAAACAUUUGGCUGCCUCUAUGGCUGUAGUCAAAAGUUGUCAACAGGAUGCUGCGCUGGCUUUUGUGGUAGACUCAGGAGCAUCUCAUCACCUGGUGCCAUCUAGUGGAUUCCUGGAGAACUGCACCUCUGUAAAAACUGGGAAGACUGUCUGUUUAGCAGAUGGGACUCGACACCCACUCACGCAGAGUGGCUUACUGUUUUGUUCUUUCUUGCAGGACUCAAUCCAGGCUUUUGUUGUUCCAGGACUGUCCUGCGCGUUGCUGUCUGUCAGUGCACUUCUUGCUGAGAACUACAGAGUGUGUUUUGAGAACAAUAAGUGUUCUAUUUCCAAGAAUGGACAGCACCUAGUCAGUGUUGAAUGCAAAGACAGGUUGUUUGUGAUAAAUGCUUCUUUUGCAGGUCCAGAUGACACGGAUGACACGGAGGAGGCUCAAGCGCAGUGUGCCAAUGUUCCAGUUCAUGAUGCGUGUCAACAUCUCUGGCACCGACGUAUGGCACACGUUUCGUGGGGGUCGGUGAGAAGGAUCCCAGAGUAUACGCAAGGGUGCAAAAUGAAAUCAUGUGCUAAGUUUCUAGAUUGCAGAGCGUGCAAGUCCGCAAAGGUGAAAACGUGCACAUACCCUAGGUCUGAGAGGGUGACCACUAGGGCUUUCCAAUUAAUUCAUGCAGAUUUGUGUGGACCGUUUUCUGUGAGCAGUUUGGGCGGAGCCAAAUAUUCGCUGGUUCUGAUUGAUGACCAUACUAGGAAUUCUUGGUGUUUUUUGAUUCGGCGCAAAGAUGAAGCUGCGCCGCUAAUCAAAGACUGGAUUGCGGCUGUGGAACUGCAGUUUUCCACACGGGUGCAAAACUUUCAGAGCGAUCGCGGUGGGGAGUUCACCGGGUCUGCACUGCAAAGUUUCUUCCGCAAAAAGGGAUUCAACACAGGUUGACUUCUCCACACAGUCCCCAACAGAAUGGGAUCGCGGAACGCAGGAACAGGACUCUAGGGGAGAUGUCCGCAGCUCUUUGUUUGAUGCCGGGCUCCCACAGCGCUUUUGGGGGGAGGCUUGGCGAACGGCCAACUUUGUUCUGAACAGGUCGUUCAAUUCAGUGGUAGGUGACACACCGUACUUCUUGCUCCAUGGCGAGAAACCGAAAGUGCACUACUUCCGCGUUUUUGGCUGUGAGGCUUGGGUCCUCAUACCAAAGGCCAAACGCAAGAAAGGUGAACCCAGGUCCCAAAAGAUGAUUUUUUGUGGGUAUGAGCCAGGGACCAAGGGGUGGAGGUUUGCUUAUCCGUCAGGGAAUCAGUCCAGGAUUCUGCUCAGCAACAGUGCUGAAUUCUGUGAGCAGAGUGGCUGGGCAAGGAUACACGGAAACCCUGACAUCCUGUCAGAGAGUCUGCUAGACUCUGCUGAUGAAGGAGAGGAAGAGGUUGAACCUGCUACUGAGGCUCAGAGUCCAGACCCAGUGCAGGCAGAAGGGAGAACUUCUCCCAAGGCUGUGAAGAGUGAGCAACGCAGUGCUCCAUCUUCCCCCACAGGUUCGGCUGAGAAGUCCAGAAGGCGCAGUAAGUCAGAGGGGAAGCUCUCUGAUGCCAAGGACGUUCUGGCUGGCCCUAGUGGGUCAGAGGGGUUCCUGAAGUAGUGCUGCGCCGUUCAACACGGACGACCAAGGGGAAACCUCCUGAAAGGUUUGCCGUCACUAGUGUGUGGGUCGGAAUGGCACAGUGUGAACCCGAGAGUUUUGAGGAUGUUCAGAAACUGCCUCAAGAAGAAGCCAGGAAAUGGCAUGAGGCGAUGCAGAAGGAGAUGAACUCAAUGGAGUCUCUAGGUGUGUUCUCCCUCACGAAGUUGCCGGUGGGUGAAAAGGCAGUGGGUAGUCGCUGGGUUUACCGUCUUAAGCCCACAGCGACAGGAGAACCGCAGUAUAAGGCCAGAUUAGUGGCGAGAGGAUUCACGCAGCAGAGGGGGUUGCAUUAUACGGAGAGUUAUGCGCCCACGUGUAGGAGUGAGUCUCUACGCUUGGUCUUGGCCAUCGCUGCACAAAGAGGUUUGCUGGUGCAUCACUUUGAUGUGGAUGUUGCUUACUUGAACUCAGACCUCCAGGAGGAUCUGUACAUGCUUCCUCCUCCUGGGUUUGAGGGCAAUGAGCGAGGUACUGUGUGGAAACUUCACAAGUCAAUUUACGGCCUGAAGCAGUCGGCCAGGAAUUGGAACUUGUGCCUGAAUGAAGCUUUGGAGAAGCUAGGUUUCAGGAAGAGUCUUGCUGACAGUUGCUUGUUCCUUAGAGGAUCAGGAGACUCACAAGAACUGGUGUUGUUUUACGUUGAUGACAUCAUCCAUGUUGGAAAGGCAGACAAACAGGUGCAGAAGUUUGCCAAAGAGCUUGGGAAACGGUUUCAGCUCAAGGACCUGGGUGCAGUAAAGAUCUACCUAGGUGUCCAGAUAGCGAGAACUGAGGAUGGUAGCUUCUUGCUCAGUCAGAAAGGCAAGAUUGAGCAGUUGCUGGAGAAGUUCAGAAUGUCCGAUUGUGCAGGAGUUCGGACACCCAUGGAGACGAACUUCGUGAAAGAUAGCCAGCAAGCAGAAAGUGCUGAGUUUGAGAAUGCUGAGCUCUUUCAGUCAGCUCUAGGUAGUCUGUUGUAUCUGUCCCAAUGGAGCAGACCAGACAUUGCCUUUGCUACCAACCUGCUAAGUAGGGAAGCGUCAAAGCCCAGUGUGAGUGCUUGGCACGGUAUCAAGCGGGUACUGCGCUACCUGCAGCAUACCAAAGACUUCUGUCUUAAGCUGCCAGCUGAAGGUGAGGCGAAGCUCACAUGCUAUGCGGACAGUGACUGGGCGAAUCGCAGGACCGCAAGUCUGUGUCUGGGUUGGUGAUAAAGUUUGGGAAGUCACUAGUUGGGUGGAAGUCCCGGAAGCAAAGUCUCAUUGCGCUGUCUUCUACUGAGGCUGAAUUCAGUGCACUGUCAGAUUUGUGCCGAGAACUAGAGUUCUAUAGAUGCUUGGUGCAAGAGAUCUAUGGGGAUUGUAGCUUGCCCAUCACGGUUUGGGAAGACAAUCAGCCUUGUUUGAAGUUGGCUGAAUCUGCGCAAUUUAAAGCGAGAACCAAGCAUCUGGACAUACGUUUCCGAAAUGUGUGUCAGAGUGUUCAGUCAGGUUUGAUACGACUGAAGUACUGUGCCAGUCACAGUAACCUGGCCGAUGGAUUUACCAAACCUUUAAGCUUCCAGCGUCAUGGGGAGUUUUGUGGUGGUUUGGAGUUGGGGGUAAGUUCUGUACUUACGUUCCCCACAGUAGCGCAGGGCGAGAGGGGGUGUGAGGAGAACCUGAGCUUACAGGGUUAAACAGCUCAGACUGUACGCCCUGCCUACAGUUGGGAGGGGGGAGCUACGUCAGUUCCGAGAGACUAAAGUCUUUGUUCUGUCUCUCUACUUUCGCUUUUGAGGAGAGAGGACGUGUUUUCGCGAUGCUGUUCGCUGUGAUAGAUAAUGGAUAGCCUGCUGUAAAUAAAGCUGCUUUUAGCUGCUAAUAUCCUGAGUGGAGUUUUUUUUUAAGCACACUGAAGAAUGCACUGGAGUGUUUUGGUUUCCUCUAGCCGCUGACGAACUCUGCUAUGCUCAGAAGUAUCGGAAUGUGCCCUUUGGAAUGCAGAGGCCUACGCAAUGGGGGAAGCGUGCCGGACGCUUAUCUGAGCAAUAAAUCAAGAUAUCUCAGAGAAUGCUUUUGUGUUCAUGUUCUGCUCCACGGUGUCCCACAAACAUCUAGUUGGGCACUGUGAGAACAGGAUGCUAAUCUUGAUGUACCAUUGAUGUGACCCAGCAGGUUUUUCUUCUAUUCUUCUCUCUAGGGGCAGCAAAGCCCAGAGGGGAUCCUGGACCCUUCAUCUGUGUGUUGCCUUUGUGGUUAAAACCAGAUCCCACUCUUUCACUUCCUAUAUUAUUGGGGCAAUUCCAUGUUUAAUCACACAUGGCUGCCAUUAUUGUGUCUUGUUGACCCUGCUUAGAAUGUGCUCCUUCAGUAAAUAAAGGCAACCAUGAAAAUGAAUUCUCAGAUGAGAUUUCCUCCCGUUCCUGAGCUCUUGUAAUUAUAUUUUUCUUUUUUAUCCUUUUUCUCCAGUACUCCAGAUCAGAAGUCGUCCUCACCUUCUUCGAAAGAUCUCCUUUAGAUCAGGUGUUAAAAAACGACAAUGUCCAUAAAAUUCAACCAAGCUUUCAAAGUCCAGUUAAAAUAUCAGGUAAGAGUUAUCAACUUGCUUUAGUGACAAUAGUUAAUAUGAUUGUUUUACCCAUCUUCAUCCAUAUGGUUCAAAUGAGAGUCACUUCCACUCUAUCCUCCCCCCUUUCCUAAGGCUUCUCAAAGGAUUUUACUCCAAAAAUGAGAAUUACUUCAUUGUUUCUCCAUGCCUUCUAAUUUUCUUUGAAACUGGAUGCUACUGGAGACAUGGUAAUUGACAAGAUGAUCUGGGCUGCUGUGAUAAUUCUUAAGUAACCGCUGCAGGAGCUAUUAUCUAAAGUGGUUAGGGGGUGUAAUCUAGUUUUUGUGUGUGCUGAUCUUGGAUAAUACUGUUCAGGACAGUCACACAGGGAGCUGAACACAUGUUGGAGUAAUAGCAGUUCCUCCCACCACUAUAAAAUGCUUCCGAAUGUUGUUAGAUGCUUCCAAGGUCCCUUUCAAAAAUAACCAAUGUGGCAUCCUCCAGACUUUGUUGGACUCCAGAUUGCAACAGGCCCAGCCAGCGUGGCAGGAAGGGUGGGAGUUGUAGUCCAACAACAUCUGGAUGGAACCACAUUGCCUACACCAGCUUUCUAUAAUGGCUGUGUUUGGACAUCAUACUAAAGACUCCCUGGGGCAGCUCAGUUGACAAAGCAUGAGACUCUUCAUCACUGGGUCAUGGAAUUGAGCCCUGCAUUGGGCAAAAGAUUCCUGCAUUACAGGGGGCGUGGAUUAGAUGACUCUAGUGGUCCUUUCAAACCCUCCAGUUCUCUGAUUCUAAAGCACAAUGUAAAGCUUUGUUUGAUUCAGUCUUAUACGUUUUAGCUAACUGAAGCAAAAAUCAUAUAAAGAAGCAAUGAUUCUUCAACAUCAGCUUUGUUGGACUGGUCAUGUUGUGCGGAUGCCUGAUUAUCGUCUUCCAAAGCAACUACUCUAUUCCAAGCUUAAAAAUGGAAAGCGUAAUGCUUUCAACAAAAGAGGUUUAAAGCCUCUCUCAAGGCAAAUCUAAAAAAAAGGUAGUAUAAACACCGACAACUGGGUAGCACUGGCCUGCGAGCGCUCCAGUUGGAGAACAUCCUUUACAAAGGUGUCAUGGGCUUUGAAGAUGCUCAAACUCAGCACAAAAAGGAGGAAUGUGCUAAGAGGAAGGCACGCUUGGCAAAUCCACACCAUGAUCAACUCCCGCCCGGAAACCAAUGUCCCCACUGUGGAAGGACGUGUGGGUCCAGAAUUGGCCUCCACAGUCACUGAUGGACUCAUUAUUAAAACCGUGUUUAUGGAAGAUAAUUUUACUUGGCUACGAGUGAUCGCCAAAGAAGAAGAAAAAGCAGGUGGGAGGACUUUGGUAAUCUUUCAUAAUAUGGCGCCAUUUGUGAGCCCAUAAUUUGGCACCCCAAAUGGAUCUUCUCAAUCAUGUAUCUUCUCAGUUUUGCACCCCCUCGGCUCAGCAACCUGUCCAGGAGAACUGCCCUCCAUCAGGUGCUGAGUCCUAGUGUGUCAGGGGCUGGCUGGAUGAGGAAGAGUGGUGAGAGCCGUCUGUCCAAGAGGGCACAGAAGACAACAACUUAGAUCCCGGAUCCUGAUGGUGGGACACAGAAAAGCAGUCUGCAGAAGAGAUGAGCUGGGAGAUGCUAGAAGCAGGGGGUUUGAGCGAUCCGGAAUUGGCCUCCACAGUCAAGAAGAAGAAGAAGAAGAGCUAACUGAAUCAAAAAACCAUUUAAAGAAGGACUUGGAAAGAGGCAGAGGGGGCAGAGGUCCACUUCAGGCAUGAGAGAGGGAGAUAGGAUCUGUAUAUUCCCUCUCCUUUCCUUUGAAAGUUGAUGUCCCAUUCAGAAAGGCUGUGACUCACUGGUGAAGCAAUUGUGGUUCGAUCUCUGGCAUCUUCAGAUGGGGGGGCACCCCAUCGGAGACCCUUGAGAGCAGCUGUCAUUCAGUGUAGACAACACUGAGCUAGACGCACGGAUGACUCAGUGUAAGGCAGCUUCCUAUGUUCCUAGAAUCUUGCAGGGUAGAAUUAUCCAAUGUUUUUGCUAACUGCUAAGGUAGUAUUUAACCUUGGAAGAGAAAAGCUGUAGUCUCAAGGAUGCAAGAAAAAAAAGCUAAUGCUAUUCUAGGCUGCAUCAACAGAAGUCUAGUGUCAUGAUCAAGGGAAGCAAUAAUCCCACUCUAUUCUGCCUUGGUCAGACCACCCUUGGAAUACUGUGUGCUGUUCUGGGAGGCACAGCUUAAGAAGGAUGUUGACAAGCUGCAAUAUGUGCAGAGGAGGGCAACCAAGAUGAUCAAGGGUCUGGAAGCCAAGCCUGAUGAGGAACGGUUGGGUAUGUUUAGCCUGGAUAAGAAUCAUAGAAUUGUAGAGUUGAAAGGGGCCACAAUGCUCAUCUGAUCCAACCCCCUACAGUGCAGGAAUCUUUUGCCCAAUGUGGAGCUCGAACCCACAAUCCUGAGAUUAAGUGUCUCAUGCUCUGUUGACUGGGUGAUCCACAGGGAAUGAGAGGAGAUAUGAUGUUGUUGUUUAGUUGUUUAGUCGUGUCCGAUUCUUCGUGACCCCAUGGACCAGAGCACGCCAGGCACUCCUGUCUUCCACUGCCUCCCGCAGUUUGGUCAGACACAUGCUGGUAGCUUCGAGAACACUGUCCAACCAUCUCAUCCUCUGUCAUCCCCUUCUCCUUGUGCCCUCCAUCUUUCCCAACAUCAGGGUCUUUUCCAGGGAGUCUUCUCUUCUCAUGAGAUGGCCAAAGUAUUGGAGCCUCAGCUUCAGGAUCUGUCCUUCCAGGGAGCACUCAGGGCUGAUUUCCUUCAGAAUGGAUAGGUUUGAUCUUCUUGCAGUCCAUGGGACUCUCCAGCACCAUAAUUCGAAAGCAUCAAUUCUUCGGCGAUCAGCCUUCUUUAUGGUCCAGCUCUCACUUCCAUACAUCACUACUGGGAAAACCAUAGCUUUUACUAUACGGACCUUUGUUGGCAAGGAGAUAUGAUAGCCAUCUUCAGAUAUCUAAGGGCUGUCACGGGGAAGAUGGGGCAAGCUUGCCCUGCUCUGGAGGGCAGGGUCCAAGCCAAUGGAUUCAAAUUGCAAGAAAGGCGAUUCCAAGCUGUUUGACAGCGGAACGUGUUCUCUCAUAAGGUGGUGGACUCUCCUUCCUUGAAGGUUUCUAAGCAGAGUUCGGAUGGCCAGCACGGUGCGCUUUGGUUGAGAUUCCUGCAUUGCAGGGUGUUAGAAUGGAUGAUGCUCAGAGUCUCUUCUAAUUCUACAAUUCUAUGAUUCUGUGUGGGGAGAAAAGCAAAGCAAAAUAAUAUUCUGGUCAUGUUUCACAUUGGAUCUGCUGCGGUUUUGUUUGUUGGCCAUUUGUUAUCAUCCAAAGAAGAUUGGAAAGGGGAAAGGGAGGACAUAUUUUGUAUUCAAUAAAGAAAAGCCUGUUCCCAAAACAGUCUCUCUCCAGAUUAAAGAGGAAGGAAAGCAUACCAGAUGGUAAGAGGCUUGAGUCUGGAGUUUACGUCUCAGUCUGCAGUACAAUCCUUUGUUGCAGAAGAUGAGUCAUACUUUAAGUGCACUUCCUGAUGGGUUAGGAGAAGGAGGGCAGCAGAGACAGGGAACUGAUAGAAAACUUAACAAUAAAUGUGCUUUUACUAAGCUCAGAAUAGGCAGAAGAAUCAUCCUUCAGCUCAAGUGUUGUGUCUGAGUGAAGAUAAUGAGAAUAUGCUUAAAACCAAAAAUAACAGACGGUUUAGUUUCAUCUUGCACAGCCAGGUUAGCGUGACAAAGUGAGCAAAAUCUUUUAGGGGUUCCCGGAAUAAAGUUUCUGGCUUUAAAACCCUGUACCUAAUUAGAGAAUUUCUCCAUUAUUUUUGCACAGUAAGGUACAAGAGCCCUUUCAUUCUCUCUCCUCCCCCCUCUCUUUUCCUCCCAUUGAAAAUCUGUUACCAAAGGCUGUCAUUUCUUGGCAAAAUUCAGUUCAAGGCAAACAGAAUUGCAGCCUCCCACGCUAAUUGAAUACUGAGAAGUUUACAAUCCCCAUCAUAACGGUUUCUGUCACAGUUGAGGAAUCAAAAGUCAAAUGUUUCUUGUUAUGCAUAUGCGUCCCACUUCCAAGUGGGGAGCUAUUCCAAGGGUACAGUGCUCAUGCAGGAGUCUGUUUGUUUGGAAGAAGGUCACUGGCAUUAUUUACACACAUUAUAUAGAAUCAUAGGAUGGUAGAGUUGGAAGGGAACCCAAGGAUCAUCUAGUCCAACCUCCCGCAAUGCAGGAAUAUGCAGCUGUCCCUUACGGGGAUCAAACUUGCAACCUUGGCAUUAUCAGCACCAUGCUCUAACCAACUAAGCUAUCCAGGCUGACCCAAAGAAGAAUGAAAUGCCACAUAUAGCCAGCAGGAGUCAGUGUUCUCAUGUAGUCACCCAUCCAACCUUUUGCCCUUGUUGAUUCUGCUUAGCAAAUAAAGCACUUUUGGGUCGCUGCCACCAGAGCUAUACGUGGAAAUAAGUGAAAGGUUCACAACAUUAACGCUUCAAUAGAUCCCACUUAUCAAUUCAAUUUCUUGGGGUGGGGUGGGAGGGCGGCAUUGUACCCUAAAAUAUGCUUUCAGCUCUCCAAGUUCAGUUUUGGGUGUCUGAUUGGGCAUGUCCCAUGAUUCAGUUUGGCCCAAUUGGUAAUUUUAGACCAUGGGCUUAAAGGAUCUUAUUGGGAGGUAGGGUUAUUUAAAUACCAAUUGCUCCACUUCUUUUAACUGUGGUCAUACACCCCCUCGAUGUAUGGAAGUGAGAGCUGGACCAUAAAGAAGGCUGAUCGCCGAAGAAUUGAUGCUUUUGAAUUAUGGUGCUGGAGGAGACUCUUGAGAGUCCCAUGGACUGCAAGAAGAUCAAACCUAUCCAUUCUUAAGGAAUGGAUCUGUCCUGAGUGCUCACUGGAAGACAGAUCCUGAAGCUGAGACUCCAAUACUUUGGCCACCUCAUGAGAAGAGAAGACUCCCUGGAAAAGACCCUGAUGUUGGGAAAGAUGGAGGACACAAGGAGAAGGGGAUGACAGAGGAUGAGAUGGUUGGACAGUGUUCUCGAAGCUACCAACAUGAGUUUGACCAAACUGCGGGAGGCAGUGGAAGACAGGAGUGCCUGGCGUGCUCUGGUCCAUGGGGUCACGAAGAGUCGGACACAACUAAACAACAACAACAACAACAUACACCCCCUCAUUUUUUCCCUUGUGGACUCCUCAAGGAUGUUUACAUCACUGACGUCUUACAGCUAGAAAGACCAUAAGAUGCUUUCUGUCUGAGAACAAUUGGAAUUUGCCAGUGAUUUCUAAAGAGGCUGUUUAUCCAAGAGAUGGCCCAUAAAUUUCCUUUCGCUAAGGCUUAAUCCAUAAAGCAGAGAUGCUUACAGUAAAUUUGUAUCGGUGUGUUCCUUUGUGGGGGGGAAAUAUUUAUGUCUCCUUUUCCUCAAAUAAUGUUUGAUUUGUGAUCUCAUUUGUUAGGUAGGCACACGUUUCUUUCUGGGAUUAGUCCUCAUAUAUUGAUGUUUCCCCUUUUUCUUUCUUCUUCCAUAGAAAUCAUGCGAUCUAAUGGGUUUUGUUUAGCCAACACUGAAACAAUAGUCAUUGAUCACAGUAUACCAAAUGGGAAAGAAAAGCACUUAGAUGUCGAUUCAGCAGAACAUUUGUAAGUAUACAUGGUAUUUGAAUGAAUAUUUCCACCCGUAAACAUAAAUGCCCAUUCUCAACAUCAUUUUGUGUCAUCCCAGGGUUGAUCAAGAACCAAAAUGUUAGACGAAGCUGUUUGAUGAAAUAUAUCGCCUCUUUUCCAUGCCCCACCCCAAACAGGAUCUAAGUUUGGGGUGAGAGUUUACCGUGGACCAAUGCCUCCCAUACUACCAAGAGCAGCAUAAUCUGGAGGAAAAGUAGACUGGAGAUACAAGUCUGAGAACUAAUAUUGAGGUGGAAGAUGACAGGGAGGGAACAAUAUUAGGGCUAGACGAUAUAUCGUCCAAAACUCGUUUGAAGUCCCUAUUGUGAUAGCGGUUUCAUAAAUUUUGACCUGCCAAUAUAUUGCGAAUCAUGAUGUGUGUGUCUGUGUGCUAUGCAAAAAUCACAAUGUGGGAAAAACUGUGAAGCCAGCCAAUGCCUCUACAAAACUCCAUUCUUAUUUCAGACAUUGUGAUAUACCAGCAGUGCUUUUUUCCCCCAUGGGGUAUGCAAGGGUAUGCAGUACUGGCACCUCUUUUUUGUUGUUGUUAAAAAUUGUGGGACUUACUGUAACAACUUCACGGUGAGUUCCGGCACCUAUUUUUCUAGGAAACAAGCACUGUACACCAGUAUAUCGCAAUGUUUAGCUGAUGAUAUAACACAAUUUUGAAAACCAGCUCCAUCCUUAUUUCAGACAUUGUGAUAUAUCAGUAUAUCAUGAUGUUUAGCUGGCGAUAUAGCACCAUGUUGAAAACCAGGCAUCACCCAGCCCUACUGUUUGCCUCUACAUAAAAAGGUAAAGGUAAAGGUACCCCGUUCCAUCUUUAUUUCAGACAUUGUGAUAUAUCGAUAUAUAGCGAUGUUUAGCUGGUGCUAUAGUGCAAUAUUGAAAAGCAGGUAUCACCCUGUGUUAGACAAUAUGUUUUUCCAUUCUACCAAGAUUGGGUUGAAAGUAAAAGGAUGAGGGAGGAAUUGAAUGGGGGCAGACAUUAGAGAGGAGAGUUGAAUCAGAGCUAGGGGCAGGUAGUGAGAGGAGACAGCAUGAAUCAAGGAAUGAAAUUCUAUAUGCCUUUACCUAGUUCAAUAUAAUUUGGACACCCAUCCCAGUGGCAGAGCUCUGAAACGCCAGUCUUUAUCCCAUUACCACGGCAACAUGAUGAGGCUGAGAAUCCAAAGACUUGAAUUUAUUUGGGCAUUCAUAAGAAAUUUAGAUUUACAAGCAAUGAGUCGCUUGUAGAUCCGAAUCUCCUGUAUAAAUUAACAUACAAAGUGGGACUCCUUUGACUUAGCGUUUUCCAUUAUAAUGUGUGGCAGAGAGUCAUUACAGAUUGAAUGUACCAGUCCAGCACAAGAGCACUCCUUUAGUUUUUAUAUCAGCACAACGGCUCCCUUGCAGCAACAGAUUCCAAUUGUGUGAUCAGUUUUAUGUUGUCUUCUCUUUGAAUAUAUAUAUAUUUAUGUUGUGAACUUCCCUUCAAUUGCUUGGGAUUGUGUAUUGAACCUUAUCCAACCCAAUCAUGCUGGUGAGUGGGCUAUUGACACACAAACAAACAAACAAACAAACAAACAACACACACUCUUAAUACAGCUACUAUGAGUCAGGCAGGUGGUUAUUAUAUUACUAAUGCUGAAUCCCAGUUGGCAUUAGUAUAGUACUGAAAACACACUCUUUUCUAUCUCCCAUCCACUGCAAAUAAUGUUUUCUAUGUUGCUUUAAUGAUAGGAGAAGAGUUUACAGAUAGCAACCAAACCAAACUUUUAAAUGCUGUCUUCAUAGGCAGCUAUGUUGACAAUCUUCACUGCAGAAGAUCCCUAGGAAAUUCUGUUCUGGCAGGUAACUGAUGUGUCACCUCAAGUAGUGUUAAUUAGCUUCAGAUAACAGUAUCUUCAAGAACUUAAAUAUUUGCAGUGUAAAAACUGAACUCUUCAUAGGUCAAGACAGAAGAGAAAGGAGGAGGAAAGAAAAGAUUGAAAACCAAAACGAUAACAAUAAAAUGGAUCGACAGUUGGUUUGCAGCAUUUUUGGACUAGAUCUAGUGGUUCCAGUCUUCAGAUCCUUGCACACAGCAGUGGCCUGUUUUGUCUUAACAGCAUGCAAGGAUCUUGUUGUGUACAUACCCUAAUCUGAGUGGCCAGCUAUUCCAUAGGGAUCUAGCAACACUUGUGCAAUCAUACUCCACACAGCUAAAUCCUCCACUGGUACUCUUUCUCAUAUUAAUGAAUGUCAGGGGCAGAAGCAGAAGUCACACUGGAUGAGCGUCAGUGGGGGCUUGCUUAUGCACAUAGAAUAUAUAGUAGGGACGCGGGUGGCACUGUGGUCUAAACCACUGAGCCUCUUAGGCUUGCUGGCCAGAAGGUUGGCAGUUCAAAUUCCCACGGUGUUUCCGUGAGCUCUGGUUUCCAUCACAGUGUCCUGUUGUGCCAGAAGCAGUUUAGUCCUGCUGGCCACAUGACCCAGAAAGCUGUCUGUGGACAAACGCCGGCUCCAUCGGCCUGAAAGUGAGAUGAGCGCUGCAACCCCAUAGUCGCCUUUGACUGGACUUCACCGCCCAGGGGUCCUUUUCCUUUUGGGACACAGGUGGCGCUGUAGGUUAAACCACAGAGCCUAGGACUUGCCGAUCAAAAGGUCAGCGGUUCGAAUCCACGCAAUGGAGUGAGCUCCCGUUGCUCGGUCCCUGCUCCUGCCAACCUAGCAGUUCGAAAGCACGUCAAAGUGCAAGUAGAUAAAUAGGUACCACUCUGGCGGGAAGGUAAAUGGCGUUUUCGUGCACUGCUCUGGUUCGUCAGAAGCGGCUUAGUCAUGCUGGCCACAUGACCCAGAAGCUGUACGCCAGCUCCCUCAGCCAAUAAAGCGAGAUGAGCGCCACAACCCCAGAGUCGGUCACGACUGGACCUAAUGGUCAGGGGUCCCUUUACCUUAACCUUUACCUUACCUAUAUAGUCUUGCAAGAUGAUUGAGGCAGCAGGGGGGAUUGGUUUAAAUUUCAAUUAAACAGGAAGCAGACAAAUAUUUCCAACAUCCUUCAGAAGGAGGUGUUUCUGAUUCAGUAGGUGGCAGUCUCUCCUCUCGAGUUUUCAUGCAUGUGGAACAUUAGAUUGGCUUGAUUGUUGCAGCCUUCCGGGUGUUUUAAUCGCUGCAGUUAUAUUAGUUCAGAAGAACGGCUGAAGUGAUCCAGCCAUACUAUAAAGUAUUUAUAGCUCAGCCCCUUCUCGUGCCUAGCAAGAUGUUCUAAGAGUGUCUUGUUAGCCUCAAAGAAGCAAGUCUUAGAUUGCAAGGACCAUGAUACUGCGAUGGUAAAUGACCUAGCAAGAGAGAGGCAGGGAAUGCAAAUAUCUUUCAUCUAGUUUAGCUAAAAUGUAAAGCUCAUUUGUUCAUGACUAAAAUGAGGGGCAGUUUCCUAGCCACUGAAUACAAAGUCAUGUUCUCUGUGGCGGUUAUUAUUUUCAAAUAAUGCCCACAAAUGUUGCAAAUUCACAAGGAAGAGAUCAUGUAAGGCCAUCAACAACAGGCCUAAAGCACAACUAAACAUUCUGUCCUCUCACCAGCUUAGGGAAAAUGUGUGGCGUUGCGGCCAAUAUUAACCUGGGCAUUUAGUGGAGUUCCCAUAUGAUCCAUUCGGAACAAGUGAACUUCAAUUCAGGAUACCACGUGACUGUCAACAACGUCUGUGGUUGCUUGAACUCAGCCUGAAAUGAAGGCCAGUUCGUAUAGUGCACAGAAUGGAACUACACCAGGAAUGAAGUGUUUGCUUCCAAAUAUACCAACUUAGCUUACUACACUUUCAUCAAGCCACUUUGGGUAGCUAUGCAUUUGUUUAAAGUAGAAGAUGGGUGAGUUACGAGCCCUCAGUAUGCGGCCAGCCACAUGCUUCAUCAGAUGCCAAGCUCAGCCCAGAUCCCAUCAACAUUUUCCAUCUACAUUAAUUUUUAGUCAUGUUAACUGUCAGUGGGUGACCUCAUAGGAAUCAAAAUGGAAGAAACAGGAGAUUUUUACCAUCUUAGCUAUAACUAAGAGUUCUGGUCAAGAGUUGACCCGUUGAAAGUAAUGAACCUUAUUUAGCUGUGCCAAUUAAUGUCAAUGGGCCUGCUUUGAGUAGGGCUAGCAUUGAAUAUCAGCUUGGAUUUCUUUCUGCACUGCUUGCUAUGUGCUAAGUAAAAAGGCCUUUGGAGAAGCUGUCAAAGGCUCUCAGAGUGAAGAUAUGGGCAUUCGUUGCAAAAACCAUGGCCAUAGCACUUUCCAGUUAACUUCCUUUCUUCAUCCUCCAAUCCAAGUUAUAAUAAAAUGAAGCAUCAUUACUAUUUGACAUGACCCUCUUUGGUGACCCAGAGAGAAAAAUGCUUGUUUUCAAUCGGGGUGCAGGAUUUUGGUCUGUUGGUUAUAUAGUUAUUAGGAAGCUUUUGGUGACAUGGCAAAUGGUGGCCUGUGGACAUUUGAGUGUAGACUCUGAAGCCUAGUGGGCUUGCCAUAACCAAGAGGUAUGACUUGAGCAUAAUUUGCAUACUUCUGGUAGCCCUUCAAGCCUUUUCAGCUACUAGAUCUGCACGCCAGUCAAUUCAAACCAUUGUUUUGCUUGAGCAAAGGAAUAUGGAGCCUGAACAAAGAAUUUCUGGGGACAACAAAGAAAACUCGGCAUGUCCCAAUCAUUAUUUCCCCUGCAAAAGGCUUUUAGCACCAUUGGUAUUGUUGUGAACGAGCUGGUGGUUUUGAGCACUGUGAUUAGGAAAACAGAACCAUAUACCAGGGGUCAGCAAACUUUCUUUUUUCCAGCAGGGGGCCAGUCAACUGUCCCUCAGACCUUGUGGGGCCGCAUAUAUAUAUAUAUAUAUAUAUAUAUAUAUAUAUAUAUAUGGGAAUGAAAGAAUUCCUAUGCCCCACAAAUAACCCAGACAUGCAUUUUAAAUAAAAGGACAAAUGCUACUCAUGUAAAAACACGGUGCCGGAUUUAGAAGGCAAUUGGGCUGGAUCCGACCUCCGGGCCUGAGUUUGCCUACCGAUGCCAUAUAUUAUCCCAUGGUGCUUUCUAUCAAGGGCAUCUGCCGCUUCUCAGGAGCUUAAUUUCUGUUUCCUUAUGUGCAUUCCAUCCCAAGGCACAUUUCCCCUUUUUAAUACAGUAGUGUGACCAAGCAGGAAUGACGUCAACUCCUUGUUUUGUCCCAUUCUAGGUUUGAAAAUGUUGGCGAAUUUACCUCCGAGCUCGAGGGCAGCGAUGACCCAGCAGCAUAUGUCACCAACUUAUCAUACUACCACCUGGUUCCGUUUGAAACUGAUAUUUUGGACUAAGACUGCCAAACGAACUUUGUGGCUGACAUCAGAGGGGCGUCUUUAAGCAUGGCGUUCACCAUCCCAUUGUUUUGCAUCUGUCUUGAGAUGCAAGGCAGAAAGGGGCUUGCUACACCUGUCUUGAUGCUGGCAGUUCUGCCUGGUUCUUUAUUGUGGUUCCUGGAAGCAGCUUUGAAGAUGCCGUUCUAUUCUAAUGGACAAAGAGACAUGAGUUUUGCCAAAGGGAAUGAAACAAAGACACCUGGAGCAUCAUAGGCCAAGGAACUAUGCCAUGCAGCAAAAUCAGCAGCAACCACACUGUUGACAAAUCAUUGGUGAAUGUGCAAAAAUCAGUGGCGCCGGUUCUUACUGAUAUACGGUAGAACUUGCAAAGACCAUCCACAUUUCUCCUCCCUCGAGCUCCCUCUUACCAGAAGUACAUUCUUAACCUUUUCCAAUGAAAGACCUCCUGUGUUCAGUUUUCAUUCCUCAGAGUGACAACUUCUAACAAGUGUCAUGGUAGUUCAUUCAUUGAAAGAUGCCUUAUGUCAUGCGUGCCUGCAGGAAAUAAGCACAUAAAUGGAUUGCUUAAUUUAACUUAUUCUAAGCCUGUGGUUUUAUUUAAUCAUCCAAGGGCCUGUCUUUUUCACUUGAAAUAAUAAUUAAUAAUAAAAAUAAUUAUAAAGGAAACAAGCAAGUUGCAUCCCAAGUUGGGGGAAAGGGAAAGAAAUGCACAAUUUUUAUUUUUUUAUUUUUUAACUGUACCUGAAUUUUGGAUGGGUCUGCUAGAAAUGCUGUUAGGAUUUCUCCCGUCUUGGAACCAGGAAAUCUUUGCCGUUCUCACUAUUACAGGGUUUCCACUAGAAUUGUCAGCUGGCUCUCUAGGGCAUGAAUGAGGAUCUUGUGGCCCACCAUAUAUUUGUGGACUACAACUUCUAUCCAUCAUCCCUGACCAGUGUCCAUGCCAACUGGGACUGAUGGGAGUCAAAUGUUCCUUUAUGGCCCCCAUUAUUCUUACUUCUCAUGCAUUCAGAAAUAAGCUUCAUCCAUCUACAUGUGGACAUUUUAAAGCUGUGCUACAGCAACAGGUGCACCCUUAUAAAAAUCCACUAGCCCACUUUGACUCUAGCCCUCCCCCUCUGUUUGCCUUCUGGGGUUGGAAGCUUGACCAAAAUAGCUCUACAGCAGGCAGAGUUUUGGCUCUGAAAGAGCUUCCAUGCACAGCUAUUAAGAAAACAAGUGCAAUUCUGGAGGUCCUUGAAAGUGACAGCCACAUUGUCCCUUCUGCUUGCCACUGGCUUGGGGGAAAGCAUAAACAACUCUUGCAUUCCCUGAAGGAGGACAUGGCACAGAGACAAGUUCUGUAGGCCUGAAUGGCAUGGAUGAGGAGGGGGAACUGGUUCUGUGGUGACAGUAGUGGGCUCUGUUAAUAUGAAGCAUUUGAGAUAACAGCAGAAGCAGGCCUCAAAGCCUUUUAACUACUGAAUGGUGCUGUGUUAAGCUUGGUUUUGGCUCCAGCUCAUAGGGUGGCAAAGCACCUGUUAUCGCAGCUUAUUCAACCACAUACUGUGAUGAAGCUGCUUAAUAAAGGCACAUCUAAACUAUAGGCCUCAACUGGUUUAAUUGCCAUUCCUUCUACUCAGGGGGAAUAUGAAGAACUGUAUUUCUGUGAGCCAUGCUCCAGCAGAGUAUUAUCAACACCCACUGAAAAUUAUAGUUCCCAGAGGAAGGGGAAAUGGUGGUUAAACUGAGAUAAAACUGAUAGAGGUGUUUAGUGGAAUUGCCAGAAGUUGUGUGUAGGAAAUGAAGAACAGAAUACAUUCCAAGUUCCUUACUCCAUUUGUUUCCCCCCAAGCUCCGAAGAAUAUGGUACAUUGUCCCUUUCUCCUGUGAACCUUUCAGUAUUCUUUUGUAUAUUGAUUGUAAAACAAAAUUUGCUAAUGUAAAUAGUAAUAAAUUAUUGAGAACCCACCUCUUUUGCAAGAGAUGUUUCCAAUAUAUUUUAAUGAAAUAAAAUAUUACUCAUUGUACGUGU